AUGUCUCAGACUAUCGUCGAUACGAGGGCAGACACCAAAGUCCGGAUAGUGAAGCUGCAAAACGGUGAUGUUUUCAGCUUCAACUCAAACAUUUCCACGGAGCUGGAAAAGAUUCCAGUGAUCGAUGCUUCACGCAUUUGGAGUGACAAACUGGAAGAUAGGAAGGCUGUGGCUGAAGAGAUCCGGGACGCAUCACGAAACAUUGGCUUUUUCUACCUCAUCAAUCAUGUGAGUUAUAUGCUCUCUGCACCACAACAUCCAAGCUAACAGAGCAACCUAAUAGGGCAUCGACCAAGACUAUGCCAUUGAGGUUAUCGAUCAAGCCAAGAGAUUCUUUGCCUUGCCCGAGGAGAAGAAGAUGGAGGUAUUCACCGGUCUAGUACCGAACGAGUAUGUAGGCUUCCACCCGAUGGAGUGCUAUAACCGAAACGGCUGGAAACACCAAGGCAAGUCUUGACCUUCAAUCUCUUCCACAACUUGCAUUAUUUUCACGCAAACGGCAUCUAAUGUGCGAUAUAGAUCUUAGCGAAGCAUUCAACUGGGCCUACGAUGCCUCGGAAGAUCCCGAAGCAGUCGAUAAGGCCGAGCCAUCGGUCAGCAUCUGGCCGUCUGACCUACCGGGCUUCCGUGAAGGUCUCUACGCAUAUCACACCAAGCUGCUCGAGCUCUCACGUCGCUUGACUAGAAUCUUUGCCCUCGCCCUUCACCUUCCAGAAGAUUUCUUUGACGAAUAUGUCCGUCGUCCCGAAGCUGGGAUGAGAAUUCUCCACUACCCAGAGCAGAAGCACUCGGUCGAUGACCAGAACGGCAUCGGUGCUCACACGGACGUUGAGUGCUUCACCAUUGUCACUCAAGACCUGUCUGGAGGCUUAGAGGUGCUGAGCAAGUCCGGUAACUGGAUCAAGGCCGAGCCGAUCGAGGGAUCCUUUGUGGUCAACAUCGCCGAUGCCUUCAUGAGGCAGACCAACAACUUUUUCGUCUCCACCAUCCACCGGGUCAUUAAUAAGAGUGGGCAUGAAAGGUACUCUGCACCUUUCUUUUUCGGAUUCGACCGGAAGAAGCUGCUCGAGCCUGUUCCGACUUGUGUGAGUGAGGACAACCCGAUGAAGUAUCCGAUCAUGACGGGAGGGGAGUACUAUGCCUGGCGGACAAACAAGCAGAAGAAGACGAAUACUUGUAACAAUAAAAUAGGAGUAA